GAGGAGCCGCUUGUGUAACAGCUGUAUGAGCCAGUGGCACCGACGGCAACCGGUUGCGCCAGCACCGUGCCUUGUGGAAAUGUCCUGGACUCAGAGGAGGCGGCGCAUGCAGCGGCCUCUCAGCGAGACACGGGCCGAGGAAUAGUUGAGGAUACUCGGACACACUUUGUGAACAACAGUGUUUGCGUGCGUAUGCUUUCGCCGUAGCUGUAGCAACUUUUUGGAGGAAUGAGAGGCGUAUGCUCGGCUCUCAAAAUGGGGUUGUUUUUGCACGCUGUCGGCUCUGCCACCCCCACCGAGUCCCCAGCAGACAGGAGCCUGCUGCACUGCGAAGGCGUCAACAACCAGAGCUACAUCUGUGAGUCCGGACACUGCUGCGGAGAGUCUCAGUGCUGCAGCUACUACUACGAGCUCUGGUGGUUUUGGUUGGUGUGGGCGAUCAUCUUCAUCUUAAGCUGCUGCUGCGUGUGCCACCAUCGGCGUACCAAACAUCGACUGCAGCAACAGCAGCGGCAGCACGAGAUAAACCUCAUCGCUUACCGCGAAGCACACAACUACCCAUCUGUGCCCUUCUACUUCAGGUUUCUGCCAAACUACCUCCUGCCUGACUAUGAAGAGGUGGUCAACCGGCCGCCCACGCCCCCCCCUCCCUACAGUGCCUUACACACAGGCCCAACCUCAGUGGCUUCUAGUCCACUGUCUCCUGAGCAGCAGGAGGGACACUGUGCAGCCAUUCAGCCCACUCCAGUACCCCCAGUCUCUGACAGUCUGUGCUGCAGACCCAACCUAGAGGAGCCACAGCCCCCCACUUUAGACUUAAGGCCCAAGCCUGACAACAAGCCCAUGCAGACAGCACAAGAUUCAGGAAUGAUACUGCUGCCAGAUGGGCUCAGUAGGGAGGGACUCACUAGCCAAGAGAAAAGAAACGGAUGUAGGGAAGACUCCUGCAAGGACCCGCUGCUGAAGGACCUGUCAGAGGGUUGUUCUGAGGACAAAGAUCGCCUCCCCAAUGGAAGGAGGAGACGAUUUACAGGGGACUCUGGGAUUGAGGUGUGUGUGUGCGGCACACGUGGGAGCAGCGGUUGCAGCGGAGCAGGAGGAAUAGGCCAGGAAGGCAAGGAGUUGAGGGAGCUAGAGAGCCUGCUGGGGCGAGAGGGACACGACGGCGGCGACGACGAAGAGGAGGGGGAGGAGGCUAGCGACUUCUGCGACAGCUGCGGCCAUCGCGCCUCCUUCAGCGUGGAGGAGGAGCAGGUGCUGGGCGGGCUGGAGAGGCGGGCCACACGAGGACCGUCAGGACCCACUCAGCCAAGUCACCAGAUAGGCAGCGCCUCGCUCCACCCUCCAGUGUGCCUCCUCCUCCACACCAUCAGCGAGCAGGAUGGAGCGCACCACAGCAGCAGCAGCGAGCCGCAGGGCUGAAACAGUUAACACACCUUUGUCACAGAGGGAAGGAGAACACUUAGCACCGAACAUGGAGGCUCAGCAGAGAAGGCUUUUGUAUCUGGGCAAGUGUUUUAUGUCUAUGUGUUUUAAGUGAGUAUUUGUCAUGAGUGUGUACAACUUAGAUACGACAGGUGUGGGAGCAGGAAGUGGAAUCUCAACUGGAUGUGAUUGAGAUUGAAACAUUGAGAAAAUCUGCUCCUCCCCACACUGGAACAGUGGCCUUAACCUGUGUAUUUUGGGUUAUAUGUGGGCAGUGAAAGCCCUUUAAUAGCCUGUGUAUAUGUGUAGGACUCCCUACACUGCGCGCACACAGUCCUUCCCCUGCAACAGAAGCUACUGACACGUGUCAAAGACUUGAUAGCUGAGGCUGUGACAGGACAGGAUGUUCACUGGUCGGGAAGAAGGCAGCUCUCCUCACAGGGCGCACGCAACCGGUUUCAACCAUUUUUCAAAGCCUUUCUCCGCAGGCAGGAAACUAGGUAGUAAAAAAAAAAAAAAAAAAAAAACACACAGCAGGAACAUUUCGGAUGAGUGCAAUGUGUGUGUUUAUGCAAGCCGAUACUGUACAGGGACACCAGAACAAGACUGUGUGGGACGUCCCGUUAGACCGAUGCUUCUAAAGUGCUUUUUCAGCGAUUUUAAAAACCGCUCUGCCUUAUGUCUGUUUUUGUUGCUCUCUAUCUGAACCGCUAGUGAUAGAGAAGUAUAAGUGCAUUAACACGUCUUCAUGUGAGCAGUUCCUAUUUUGCACAAAAUGUAUUUAUCUUUAUAAAUGAAGCUUUUAGCUGCAAGCAAAUCAGAACAGAAAAAAGCAUAGAUUUUCAUAAAUUCAGUCUUAAAAAUUGCAGUAUAUGAUUUACAUCUCAAGGUUUUGUUGCAACAUCUGUAGGACCUCUGUGAAGGCAAGGUUCACUUUGUCAGUUUGUAUUCAGUUUUUUUUUUUUUUUUAACUUAAUUUAAUGAAUGUUUGUAGUAUGUGCCUACCCAAAUAUAUGACAAAAGCAAGACGAGAGAGAGAGACACUAAGAAAGCAGGUAACUAAGCAGUAACUAAAAACAGAAUAUGAAGCUUUUUAGAGAUCACAACCAGAAUGGGCAACAUCAGACCUCAAACUCGUGUGUCAUUCACUUCAAUAGAUUUUCACAUUCACCAGCGAAUCCUGAGUCGCAUCUUUUACACUCUUUGCUUUGGAUUUUCAUAUCAGCACUAUCUCACCAUCCUUCUGCUGUGGUAUUCAGAGAUGAAACAUAACAGUUUGUGUCUCCAGAAUUGUCACCAAACAGUGGCUUGUUAAAUGAUUUUCACCAAUCUUCUGCAUGUAUUAUUGUUAUCUGAGGUAUGAAGUGUGCCUUUUUAGGGAGAGAAAAACCAGAUGAAUGUCUUUUUUUUUUUCUCCAUUGUUUUGUUUCAUUCAUCCCUCUUUCAACUUGAUAUAAAGGUCAGUAAAGUAAUAAUGGUCAUGAUUGGGGAGCAAAUAGCCAAAAUUUGCACACAAAUUAUUUGUAAUGUUAAUAUUGAACCCAAUCAGCCAAUUUUAGAACAAAAUGUCUAACAAUUGCAGCCUGGUGAGUUAAAAAAAACCUCUUGCGGUACAGAGGAUUGAAAACUUAAAAAAAAAAAAAAAACUAUAAAUAAUAUCAGUGGAAAAUGCAGGAAAUCAGAUAAGCUAAUAAAACAACUAUAGUAGAAUAUCUAUUAUAAUCAAGCAGGGUACAGGAUAUUUCUGAACAGCAUGUGAUUUUUUUUUUUUUAUGAUGGAUGAAACAUUCUUGUCACAGGAUGUGGUGAACAAGCAAUAUGAUAAUGCACUACAAAUAGAAAACAAAGACCAGAUCGUUAAAGUAAUAACAUUUAUUGGUUCCAUUCAUUUAUCUCAUCAGUUUGAAAUGCCUUUAAUAGCUGGUUCUCAGCUUGAAUGUUGUAAAUCUGCCCUUUAAUUACAAAUCUCACUGCAGCUGUAACAGAUCGAUGAUGAAUGUGCCAGGGGGGGGAAACAACGCCACUGAUUUCUAUAAUGAACAUGAGUGUUAAACUUUUACAAAUGAGCUUGUUCUAAUUAAUGAUUUUUGUUUUCCCACCUUCUGAAAUUAACUGGAAAUGUUGAAGAUGUUAACAUGCCGGUGUGUCAGUCUUUCUUUGAAGCACCUUGCACACAUUACAAUGUCUGCAAAGCACAAAUGCUUCAGCCAUCAAUCUUACAAUACAGUCAUGCCCGAAAACAUCAGAACAGAUGAUGUCUCCCAAAAAGAUAGUAUCUUUGAAGCACAAUCAUAACUUGUAAACUUUCUAUAUGAGAGUAAUCAGAUUUAAUUUUACCCAUUAAAGCCUGAAGAUGAUCUAAUGUGCUUUACGUGUUUUUGCUCUGUGUGAGGUAUUAAAUAAUAAUGUGUAAUUGUGGUACGUGUAGUACAAAGAUGAGCUAUUUUUCAUAUCAGCUGAAUCCUUUGAGCGUGAUUGGAACUGUGUAGAAUGUCAAAAACCACUUUAUAUUUUGAGUACAAUAUUCUGUGACACGCUUGUGAACCAAAUAGUUGCUUUUAUCAUUUUUAUGAAAUCAUUAGCUUUGUUUUUUUUUUGUUUUGUUUUGUUUUCUCAUCCUGGGUAUUAUUUUCUUUCUGUUGAGAAAAGAUUCAACUUCUUUCGAGACUUAUCCUGAAGUCGUGUGAAGGGUACAUGCAUUUGACUAACAUGUAGUAGAUAACUUGUUAACAAGAUCAGGGGCAUCUUGCCAAAGACACUACUUUUCUUUCUUCACCAGUGUGUGUGUAAGGUGUUUUUUUUGCACAUAUUCUUUGAAUGUUCUGAUCAUAAGCCAUUUAUUACAACAACCAAGAUGGAUGUAUGUUCAAUAAACAUACCCCUUUAAAUUCAA